AUGGCUCACUGCACCCCACGUUCCUGCAGAGGAAGGCCACAGGGCCAGGGCUCUGCCCACGGUCACCGUGCUGCUGGGCCGCUCUGGGCUGGGACCCGUCCCUGGUGGCCCCCGUGGCCCUCACGUGCCCUCUGCUCCCUCCCUGCAGUCCAGCCGCCCCCGCCCAAGGACCCCCAGAUCAGCAAGACCGGGGGCCAUUUCCUGCUGACCUGGAGUGUGGCCCUCGGGGGUCCCCAGACACCCUGGCUGUCGCAGGGGGACCUGGAGUUCGAGGUGGUCUACAGGCGGCUUAGCGACUCCUGGGAGGAGGCCAGCAGCCUCUACUCCAGGUCCUCCCCGGCCGUCCUGGGCGCAGAGCUCGCCCAGCCCCGGAACCUACAGUGUGUCUUCGACGGGGCCCACACCCUGGGCUGCUCCUGGGAGGUCAGGUCCCCCGUGACCAGCUCCGUCUCCUUCGGCCUCUUCUACGCGUCCAGCCCCGAGGCACAGGAGGAGGAAUGUGCCCCGGUGCUGAAGGAGGCGCUCAGCGGCCUGUACACCCGGCUCCGGUGCCAGAUCCCGGUGCCCGACCCCGGGGCCCGCGGCCUGUACGUCGUCUCUGUCCGUCCGCGGAGCGAGGGGAGGUUCAUCAAGAGCUCGGACAACAUCCAGAUGGCGCGCCCGACUCUCAGUGUGACCAGAGAUGGAAGCAGCUUCAGCCUGUGCUGGGGAGCGGAGCACAGUGACAAGAUACAGCCAGUCUUCGAGAUGGCGCGCCCGACUCUCAGUGUGACCAGAGAUGGAAGCAGCUUCAGCCUGUGCUGGGGAGCGGAGCACAGUGACAAGAUACAGCCAGUCUUCGAGGUCCAGUACCGCAGGGACGCAGAGGACUGGGGGAGCUCCUCUGUCCCAGAACCCGCGACCCUGGCAGAAACGCAGAACCAACCAGCCGCGGGGCCGGCAAUGCGCUUCCUCUGUCGCCCCCUGCUGGUCUCUGUGGCCUCUACAACCAGCCGUCCAGCUGCAAUGGACAGGCACGGCAAGACGGAGCACGGUCGCUGCUCACAGUCGCUGCUGACCAACUGCCCUUCGGACCUGGACUGA